AUGGCGACCAUCACUACAGUAGAACCUGAGACCAGCCCAAGCGCUCCUAGUCCGGAGGAGUCAUUUGCAAAAUUGUGGAACGAAGCCCUCGACGAAUUUGUCAAAAAGAGCGGUAAACAAGCUGCUCAAAUAUGGACCGCACAAACCAGGGGGUACUCAUUCGACGAUCUGAAAGUAGCAAUAGCCACGCAAAGCAAGAAAUAUGCUCUGUCUACGGAGCGACGCCGAAGGAUAUUGAAUGGUUUGAACACGUUCUUGGAACCUGUCGGCGCUUUUUGUAAGGUAGCUGCAGCAGGGGCGGCGCUCGCAUAUCCCCCGGCUUCAGCGAUAUAUGCUGCCUUGAAUUUCGUGUUCACGGCAAGUAACAAAGUCAAUAUUUUCUGUGUCCAUUCGCUUAUAUUGUGGCAGACCGCUCAUGGCAUUGGCAGUACUUACGACGCAGUUACUGAGCUGCUCGACAAGAUUACAUACGCUGGAGCUAGAUUGGACGAGUACCUCAAAUCCGAUCUCCCGCCAGGCUUGGUUGAAAUUGCUCGACACAUUUUAGUCCUAUACUUGGACGCUUUCGGAAUUGCUGUAAAGAUGAUGAGCAGCAACAACUUCGGCAAGUUACCCCUACUCGUUCGUGCUCUAACCUUGCUCAUAUUUGAAGUGAUAUUUGGCAAAAGAACGUUCCUAGGCAAAGAUUGUGGUGUCAAUGACGCAAUUGCAAAGCUGAGAGAUCUCGAGCAUCUGGAAGAGUUGCUUGUGCUUGCGUACAUUUACAGCGCACAAGGGGAUAUCAUGCGUCGUGUUGCAAACAUUCCAAACGAAAUAUUUGGCAGUCUUCAUAUUGGCAAAUCAAACGUGGAUAUGCUCAAGGAACAAGCUCCUUCUCAAGAGAGAAUGUUUUGGUCGAAGAGAAGUGAACAAUUUCGUAGCGUCAAUGGUGGCUGGAUUCUCAAAGAGACAUUUUUCCAGGAAUGGCUCCACGGCGACUUCCCUAUCCUUUGGAUUUGUGGUGAUCUAGGAACUGGGAAGUCCUACCUAACCUACCACCUUGUUCAAGCUCUCCGCGCCCGCCAAACCGAAAAGGAAUCCUCUGUCAGACCUACCACAGCCUCGACAUUGUACUACUUCUUCAGUCCCACUGUUUUAACCGACACCGAGCUCGUCAUCACAAUAGAGCUAUUAGGAGUGAUUAUGGAUCAACUGGUGCUGCAAGAUAAGGCGUACGAGCAGUAUCUCAAGAACACGAAACCUCAAGAUAUCGAUCAUGACCCGAAGACAUUAUGGAAGUAUUAUCUUUUCGAUUUCUUUGUCACCAGCUCCUUUUCUUCGGCCACACUUGUUCUUUAUGGUGUGAACUUUCUCUGCGAUGUUGGGCGAAUACGAUUCUUCGAGGUUCUUGCUGCCAUGAGCGAAACGACGUCGAAGAUAUCAGUGAUCUUGCUUGCAGACUACGGAAUCGGUAAAGAGAUUCAACAAAAUUUCAAGACGUUGACGAAGCGUAUCGAAUUAACCUCAAUGAGUACGAAGUCGGACGUGGAUGAAUACAUCAAAAUAUCAAUACAAAAACUUGCGUGGCUCCGAUGGGAUGCAGAGCUUCGAGCCAAGGUUCUCGAUUUCCUGCAGAAUAACGCCAACGGCUCGUUUCCGUGGAUCAACACCAUGCUGGAGAUUUAUCCUCGGCACGAGAAAAGAAUGGUGAAUUUUUGGCUGCUCAAGCCCUCGAAGGAAUGGUGUCAAACAUUUGAAGAUUCUUUGAGUAAAAUCACAACCACUUUGCAGGAGUAUGAAAGGGAAACCUUGACCUAUAUCCUGUCCUUGGUUGUGACUGCCAGUCGGCCACUUUCACUUCGAGCCCUUGAACAAGCCCUUUACAUCAGAUAUGAGGAUAGUUCACCAUUUUGCAAGCUUAAGUCAAUGAUCUACUACGAGUAUGGAUCUAUAUUUGACAUACGGACAACACGUGGGUCUCAAGCAGAGCCGAAAGACAUCGAAGAACCGGCCGAGACGGAUGACGGCGAACUGGAGGAUACAUAUGAGGUAGGCAACCCAGAAGACGAGACCAUCUUCGUCUCUAUCAAGCAAUAUGCGAUCUUGGACUAUUUCCUACGACCGAGGCCUUGUUAUCAAAAUGACCUCAAUUGGAAAGUCCUAGAUGCCCGUGUCACGGUUUUGAAGAUGUGUCUACGUCUGUUUAGCGACGACCGCACCUACGACAUUUGUAAAGACAGCCUAGCACUGUUCGCAGCAAGGUUCCAAUCAUACUUGCUUGCCAUUGAGCCGAAUGCGAUCUCACCAGAAGACCGUUGCACGAUAGGACAAUUACUUGCCGAAGUCAUGCGGAACGAGCUAGCCGUCAGCCGUUGGACCGCCAAAGCAGGUGUAUCAUUGACUACUGAGUUCAUACUCAUGCCUCAAGUCGUUGUUGCCAUCAAGAAAUGGCUCACGAUUCCAGAAGUGCAGCAACAUUUGGAAACUUAUGGCUACGCCAAACAGUGGUUCGCCUCAUUUCAGUCAACACCCGUCGCAAGCAUUUUCCGUAACGCAGCCAUAUCUUGUGCGCAAAGAUGGCUCAAAUCCAUGGAGUCUGGUAUGAAUGCAGAUGUUGUCUUUUUACACAACUAUGAUGUACAAUCCUGUGCUGAGGGCAAUGGGCCAUGCGAACAGCAUUUCAUUUCAGUCAAGCUAUUAGCACCUGAGCGGAUUACGAAACUUUGGGAAGGCGCCGAAGCGAUGUUACCCAAUAAGGAUGGGAUACACCAUCACCGGCUGGCUAGUACACUCCUUUAUGCGAAUCACGUUGCUGAUGCGAUUCGAGUCGCGCAAGCUGCGAUCAAGGAACAUGGCGAUGGGAUGCUCCGAACUGUUCUCGGCCAAGCUUAUAUGAGAAAUGACGAGUUCGACGACGCAUUCAAGGAAUUGCAGCUCGGCCAGGAGCUCCUUACGAAAGAGGCAACUGUGGCUCGCACGCAAAACUUUUUGCAACUUUACCGGCUUGCGGGUCAGAGAACAUGUUCGACUGUGAGGGAAUUAGAGAAGCCUUACGAGCUGAGCGAAGCUUACCUCGAUGAACUCCUGCGCCAUGGAGAUUUCGACGAGGCGCAGCGCAUAAUAGAGGGGCUGGUGCAAGAUGAACUUUCCAAGUAUCCUGGCAAAAGGUGGCUUGGAUUUUUCAAGGCAUUAGCUCGGCAUAUACCUCAUCAGCAAAGACUGACUGUCUACGCCCUAACCUGGCCUGGUGGUCUUGAAUUAGUUGAGAGACUAUACGGACGCGGAAUCGAAGUCUUGACGAGGUGGCGCGAAGAUGAGGCUCGGCUGGGGAUGCUGUACUUCUUUGUCCAGCUGCGACUGCGGCUCAAUUCGGGAGUGGAGAACCCCGAUUCUAUACUUGAUCUCGCUUUGAAAGAGCUGGCUCCUGCUCCGGGCGACAAGAAUUUGGAGAAGUUGAGAUACAUCGCGGAGAUCGAUCUGCGAACCUACGAACUGAAGCAGGCACUGAGAACGUCAUGCGACGAUGACGCAAAGAUGAGACGGAAUAACGAAACCUACGACAAUUUAGCUGCAGAAUUGCAGCGGAGCGAUCGUUCAACAAGUCCAUCAGCCCUUAUUGUGGCCGUGUGGUACCGUCAUGUGGGACGAUCAAAUGAGUGUCGCGCGGUGCUUCGACCUUUGCUAGAUAAGGCCAUCAGUAGCAUUCGCGCUGUCGUCGGCGAUGCGGCCACCACAGCAAGCAAAGAUGACUUGGCACAGCAAUGGACAGCGUGGUACAAAUUGGCUGACAUACUCAACGCGGCCGGGAAUACUCAAGACGCAAUCGCUGCACUGUCAUACAUCAAACAGAGCCGGAUCCCAAGUAGCACCAUGUGCUAUCUCAAUACUAGAUGGUCACCUGCAUACCGACAAGCUCCGGUCAACCGACCUGUCAUUCUUUGGUCGAGAUCGAUGAAGGAACGCUCUGAUCACAUACCCCGAUCAAAAGAUAUAAAUGUUUUGAUGAGCGGGAAAACAGGGUGGCGAGCAGUAGUUGACGCUGUUCGAGCAUACUAUCCAGCAUUAAACGCCAGGAUGAGCCGGUCUUACAGCGGGUUUGUCUGCGACGGCUGCGGGAAAGUCAUCAGCUGCUGCGAGACAAGUCAUCGAUGCACAGUUUGUCUUCACGCAGACUUCUGCUUCCCAUGCCGGGACUCUCUGCGUAGGGGAAAGAUGCCGAUCAAUGUAUGCGACAGCUCCCAUGAGAUGCUACUACUGCCGGCUGAAUACAUUGCUUGUGCAGAGGGAAAGAUACGGGUCGGAUAUCAAAACCCUACAUCUGAGAACAUUGAGUUGAUUACGUGGGUUCAAAAGGUCAAGAGUUGCGAACGUGACCUGUUGGAGUGGCUGGAGGAAAUUGUAGUUACAUGGUGA